CGCUUACGCACUGAGCCUUUCCGGUGGGUAAACGAGCAGCAAAGAUGGCAGCGGUGGAGAGGGGCGGUGAUGGAGGUGGCAGGGUCCUGUGCCUCUUUGAUGUGGAUGGGACCCUCACGAAACCCCGGCAGAAAAUCACUCCGGAGAUGGAUGAAUAUAUACAACGUUUAAGGGAAAAGGUGAAAAUUGGAGUUGUGGGCGGUUCUGAUUUCGAUAAAAUCAAGGAGCAGCUCGGAGCUGAUGUUGUUUGCAAAGUCGAUUACGUAUUCGCUGAAAAUGGCUUAGUUGCAUAUAAAGCUGGCAAGUUUUUUGCGAAACAAACCAUCCAGAGCCUUGUUGGUGAGGAUAUUCUGCAAGACCUGAUCAAUUACUGUCUAAAUUAUAUGGCCAAGAUUAAGCUGCCUAAAAAAAGAGGCACAUUUAUUGAAUUCCGUAAUGGAAUGCUGAACAUCAGUCCAAUUGGGAGAAAUUGCAGCCAAGAAGAACGUAUUGAAUUCUUCGAACUUGAUAAGGAGAAGAUGAUCAGAGAAAAAUUUGUGGCCGAUUUACAAAGAGAAUUUGCAGGAAAGGGCCUCACUUUUUCUAUAGGUGGACAGAUCAGUUUUGAUGUAUUUCCAAAUGGGUGGGAUAAGCGAUACUGUCUGGGAAUCCUGGAGAGUGACAACUACGAGACAAUCCAUUUCUUUGGUGAUAAAACCUCACCGGGUGGGAAUGAUUAUGAAAUCUUCAAUGAUCCAAGAACUAUAGGCCAUUCUGUGACAUCCCCAGAGGACACCAGGAGAAUCUGUGAUGGAUUGUUUUUCCACUGAGCAAUCAGCAUUCCAACAUAGUUGUGGACUUUUUUCCAAGUUCACAUCAUCUAGUUGAAGAAUUAUGUUCGAAUUGAAUAUUUUUUCCUUCUGAUUAAAUCUUUUUUUUUUCCAGAGCACUCAGCAGUAAUGCUGAAAACUGUUUUUAGUACAAAUGCAACUUUUAAUUUUUUUAAUGGUGUAAUACUGAAUAACUAGGUGGGUUCUGAGUGUCAUCUCAAAGUACAAGAAAAGAUUAAAUCUGAAAAUAACCAGUAGAUUUUUAUGGCUGAAUGGAGUCUAAAGAUAUUGUUACAAUGAUUCUGCAAAUGCUGAAAAUCUGAAACAAAUACAGAGAAUGUUGGAGAAACUCUGGCAGUUUCCGUGGAAAAUGAAACAGUGUUGCGAGUCCAGUAGGACUUGACUUCAGACUUGAAGUCAGUUUUGAAGAAACAAGUCUCACUGGGCUGACUUGUUUCUCUUUUCACAGUUGCUACCUGAUCUGCUGAGUUUCUCCAGCAUUCUCUGCAUUUGUUUGUACUGGAACUACUUACCUCAAUGUACAAUAUUCAGGAAACUAAUUUAGCAUUUAGUGUACAUAAAAAUAAGGCAAUUGACAAACAGUACUCUAGAAAGAUGGUAUUCCUUUUUUCAAGUUGAUAUCAUCUGGUUAGCUAAAUUACAAAUAAAGAAGCUCUAAUAGAUACUUAAUAAUUGUACAUUCAUACGGGGCUUUAUUUUAUUGCUCAACUUUUGAUUCAGUCAAGGACCUAUACUCUGCAUUUUCCCAAUUGUGCUGGUCACUGAGAUUUACAAGGAUGUAGUAAGAUAUAACUGAACUAACAGUAGCAACCCUGCAGAGAUUUUGCUAAUUAUAUCACAGGUUCUGAUUUUAGAAUAAUGUUCAUAGCCCAUCUACAGAACCAUCUAUUGGUGUGUAAUCUUCAUUUUUAAUUAUAACUGCAAUUUUCCACAAUGAUGAUUCAUAAUUAUUAGAUUUUUGGGAAGCCAUAAUGAUCUAUCUUUGAAUUAAUACAUUUCCCAAUUUGGAAAUCAUUACAUUUCCAUCUAAGGAUAGCUGUUAAUCAUAUUUACAGAAUUAUUCCUGCGCAAAAGGCUAUUUGACCCAUUGUGCCUUGCACCAACUCCACUUUCUAGCCUAUUCCUCAUAUCAUUGCAUCACACUAUCCCCAAAAGGUCCCAUACCCUCUUGAAUGCCUGAAUUGAACCCCGUUUGAAUAGUGAUGAGCAAUUGCUUUUUAGAUUUCAAGAAGGUGAACAAUAUGGAUUCCAGAGUUAAUACCAGGACCAAUGUUUCUCAUAAUCUAUAAUAGAGACAUAAGAACAUGGUACAAUAACCUAACUUUCCUACCUCUAACCAUAUCUAUUAAGAUAGAUACCGUACAAAUUUUUUUAAUCAUAGAUAUUUAUCAGUGUGGGCAAAUCAUUUUAAAUGGUUGUAGCUUUUCUUGUGUUCAUUAAUUCGAAAGAGGCAGGAAUGACAAAACUAGAACUGAAUGAAAGACUUAUUUUUUAAAAAAGCAUCUAGUGAAACGUGCUGUCUUUUCUAACAUUUUAAUAAUUUUGACAUCAUACAGCAUUCAAUUUUACAUCUUCGUUGAAAUUUCUUUAUCAUAAUUGGACAUGAUCAAAGGUUUUUGUGCAUUCUGAUGUGAUUCUGUACACUGCAAAGCAUAUUAUACCUUUCAAGUCAAUAAAGCUGCGAUCAAAGUUCUUUUAGAAAAA